CUACCCCGCCAGCCCACUUCGCUCUACUCUGCACCGAACACCACGCGCAAACCACGCCAUGUCUGAACACAACUACAAGUUCGAGGUCGCCAUGAGCUGCGGCGGCUGCUCCGGCGCCGUGGAGCGCGUGCUGAAGAAGCUCGAUGGCGUCAAGUCGUACAACGUGUCUCUCGAGACCCAGUCCGCCGAGAUUGUCGCUGAAGAUUCACUCAGCUACGACACCGUCCUCGAGAAGAUCAAGAAGACUGGAAAGACCGUCAAGUCAGGUACCGCAGACGGUGAGACUAGGGACGUCUAGCUCCGCAUGGCACGUCUUCGGUUGGGUUGCAUCUUCGGUAUACCAGGUUUUCUUCAGCGAGCGGUGGUCGUAUGCAUGCGCCGCGGGUCUUGUCCUGCCUCGCAAAGUCGGAUAGAUAUUGGAGUUAUGGGCAAUGAAUAAAGCAUUUCGAAUCACUUUGUC